AUGAGUAGUCCACAGGUGCCCAAGAAAAGAGUGGCAUUUGUGCUGAUUGAUGGGUUGGCUGAUGUGUCACUGCCAAGGCUUGGAUUCAAGACUCCUCUUCAGGCAGCAAAACUACCCAACUUGGAUGCCAUAGCAUCUGCUGGAGUUAAUGGACUAAUGGACCCUGUUGAGGUUGGCUUAGCUUGUGGAAGUGACACUGCUCACCUCUCCUUGUUGGGUUAUGAUCCCAGGGUUUAUUAUCGUGGUCGAGGAGCAUUUGAAUCCAUGGGGGCAGGAUUGGCCAUGUCACCUGGUGAUAUUGCUUUUAAGUCAAACUUUGCUACCCUUGAUGAGAAAACUGGAACAGUUACCAGCAGGAGAGCUGACAGGCACUUUGAAGAAGAAGGCCCCAUACUUUGUGCUGCCCUGGAUGGAUUGAAGCUGCCAUCUUUCCCUCAAUAUGAAGUCAGAUUCAGGUGA